GGCAGGACAGGUCUGCAGGCUCCAGUUCCACAAACCGGAGAAAAUGUAUACUCAUCUGCGUAAAGUUCUGAUUCCCAGUGGACUCAAACAUAUGCUCGAGGGAUUCAGCAGAGCGGUGGUGAGAUGCAAGCCGAUUAGCAUCCCACAUUUUGCUGAAGAAUAUUUCAACGCUCUCCUGACCUUCAGAGCUGGGAACCCAAAUUUGAGUUUUGAUGAGCUUUUGAAGGAAUUCCAGCGAUCACAAUUAGGUCUUUUGAAUCUCAAAGGCACAUCACUCCAAUCAGUUCACCGUGUGGACUCUAAGGAAUGGGAGGCAGGCCCUCUGCUGUAUGAAGCCCGAAUCAACCAGAUUGGACCUGUUCCCAUGUUCCCUGCUGCCGACUUAAAUGAAGCUGCAAGCAAAGAUGCACAGGAGCUCGCCAAAGCCCAGUUUCUCCGGUCAGAGAGUAUUGAAGCUGAAAUCGAGGAGAGUGAACUAGACGGGAUCAUUUCUGCCAAUGUGGUCACUUUGUCACCGGGCCCGAUUACCCGCGAGAUGGCCAUGGACCUGGCAGUGUUCCGCCGGAGGACGACCCCCAGCUCUGUCGUAAACAGCUGUGGCAGCAGCCCCACGGGCGACUGCAGCAACCAGGGCUCUCAGUGCGGCCAGGUCCGGUCAGCCCUGUUUGAGCGCGUGCCUCUGAGCGAGAUUGGCGUGGACGUGAAUGCGGUCCUCAUCAAAACAUCCAUGCUUCCCAACGUGGCGCAGAUCGUUGUCCAGUCCGAAGAAGUGCCUGAGAUUAUUGUGUUCCAAGCCGACAACAUCGACAUGACUGGCCGUAGGCCUGACUCUGCAUUUGCCGCAAUGGAGGCCGUCAUGCCGAACAAACAGAACACUGGGACCACGGCACCAGCUCCUCUCACCCACUGCAGCCCUGACACCGGUGAUGCCAUGAUGGCAAAGAUGUUGGAGUCUGUGGAACUCGUUGCUCCCAGAAGUGUUGUGGAAAGCUCUGGGGAUCAAGUGACUGCUGAAACAAAGAUUGACUCUGCAUCCCAGAAGAGUAGAGGCUCUGCUUCUCAGCGUAGCUCCCGAUCAAAUAUUACCGCACCUGCUUUUUCCCAGGAAGAGCAAAUAACAGCAGAAGUGAAGGAGUCUGCAUCUCAGAAGAGUUCAGUGUCAAGCAUUGCUUCUCAGCAUAGCUCCCGAUCAAAUAUUGCCGCACCUGCUAUUUCCCGCGAAGAGCAAAUAACAGCGGAAGUGGAGGCUGCAUCUAAGAAGAGUUCAGCAUCAAGCUUUGCCUCUCAGCAUAGCUCCCGAUCAAAUAUCGCUGCACCUGCUAUUUCCCUCGAGAAGGAAAUUACAGCGCAAGUGAAGGAGUCUGCAUCUCAGAAGAGUUCAGCAUCAAGCUUUGCCUCUCAGCGUAGCUCUCGAUCAAAUAUCGCUGCACCUGCUGUUUCCCAUGAGAAGGAAAUUACAGCACAAGUGAAGGAGUCUGCAUCUGAGAAGAGUUCAGCAUCAAGCAUUGCUUCUCAGCGUAGCUCUCGAUCAAAUAUUGCCGCACCUGCUAUUUCCCAGGAGGAGCAAGUAACAGCAGAAGUGAAGGAGUCUGCAUCUCAGAAGAGUUCAGCAUCAAGCAUUGCUUCUCAGCGUAGCUCCCGAUCAAAUAUUGCCGCACCUUCUAUUUCACACGAGGAGCAAAUUACAGCGGAAGUGAAAGAGUCUGCAUCUCAGAAGAGUUCAGCGUCAAGCAUUUCUGCACCUUCUGCUGCUGGCGAGAAUCCAAUCGUGAAGGAGGCCUCUGCCUGUGAGAGUAGUUUGGACUGUGCUGCUCAGAAGAGUUCGUUAUCAAACACUGUUAUUUCCGCCGUGUCUUUAGUGUGUGAUGGUAAGACCACUGUCACAGAUGUUGCAGAUGCAGCUGAAGCAGUUGUCACCAAAGACAGUGCAGAAACCCUUGCAGUGCAGACAGACUCUGAAUCACAGGAAGAGGAGGAUCAAUCAACUGAGGACGCUGUUUAUGUUGUGUCUGUUGUUUUUGACGCAGAAGUCUCUGCAUCAGACAUGAUAGGCGACACCUCAACCGAACUUCCUGCUUCUGAAGUCGCCAUGGUAACCGCAGAUGGAGCCCCUGGAUCGCAGACGACCCUCCAGGAGAGUGUGAUCUCCGGCCUUGCCAUUCCAGAUGUGCUGGAGGCAAAUGCCGAGGAACCGUCCCCUUGCCUGGCGUGUAAGCCUGCUAUGGCUGAAGGUAAAACCAGCCACUCUGAUGUGGUGCUCCCACCCUUUGGGGCCGUGGAGGAACCCAGGGCCCCAAUGCCCGCAGACGACCUGGUUUCAGCUGGAGCACACACCAUCCAGAUCACUAACUUAAUGAACCCUUUGCCUGCGGACUGUGCCGUUGAAGAGGACAAGACGCCAGCUUCUGCUCAGGUAAACAGCGCUCCACCACUGGAAAUCCGGGCACCCUACCUGGUGUAUCUUCCUCUUCCAACGAUGGAGAUGCUGACCCCAGGCAUGGUUCCCCAGGCCGUUGGCGAAGGCGAGGAGAUCAAAGCCUCCCCGUACAUGUGUAUCCCCUUGAUCACCAGAGACAUACCCAACAGCCCCGGCUUUGUGGGGGCCACAACCCCUCAGCUGUCGAGGACAGGGAGCUUCGCCGGCACGUUUGUUCCAUUCAUCGAGGCCCCGAAGGCCCAAAACUUCACACAGCCCUCCAGGCCUGCCUCCCAGGGGCACAUGGGAUUCUCUAAGGUGCGUCGUCCCCUCAGUAACUGCCCAGCGGGAGUUUCCAUGGCAGCAGAAGCCGCAGCUCACCCCUCGCCAUCUUUACAGCAUCAAGCAGGCGCAGGUGUCACAAACAAUGGACAACAGCCUCACGUCUCCUGUUGCAGUUGUGGCACACUGCACAGUAGGCCCUGUGAGCCAAUGGUGGCCAGUGCCUGUCCAGGUGUAGGGUCAGCCAGCCACUGGAGGCUGUGCCACCUGACUCAUCCUGGUGCCCAGGGCGGGCACCCGCUCGCCUGCCCCUACCAGCCCUCGCCAUCCAUGUCCCAGUGCGGCCUGGAGCAGAUCGCCAAGAUCCCCAUGUACCAGGACUGCGGCCUGUACUGCAGCUGCCACCACGCGGUCCGCGCCCGCUCCUCCUGCGGCAGCCUGCGCCCUCACCACAUGGCCGAGACCGCCUGCUCGGGGCACAACCUGGGCCGCGUGGCACCGCGCCAGGGCUGCUCGUCCGAGCACGUCGUCCACAGCCACAACGUGAUGCCCAGCGCCACCGACCGCCGUUACUCUUGCUGCUACCCGCCACGCCACAGCUCGCUCGUCAUGUGUGACCACCAGGAGGCGAUGAACCAAGGCGGGCACUGCGGAGGCGGCUGCGGGCUGACCAAGGCCACCACCAUGCCAAGCUGCUCACACCACAGCGCAGCCACAGAGACCUGCCACGACUACAGGAUCAAUUACAACCUCUAGACAUGCUGUGGAAGCUGGCACAUACUUUGAACACACAUGGAAAAGUCCCUAACUUUUGAUUCAGAAAGCAAAUUUGCAAAAUAAAAAUAAUGAGCAUUAAAA